CACCGAUGGGCCGUUGACUGAGUGGCACAAUUGACUUUCUGUUGGAGCGUCGUCGUCGCCACCGUCCGCUCGUCCAGAAGACAAGAGAGGGCCGGCUGGCUGCAGAGACUGGAGGCGUCCGCGCAAAGACCAAGGACGUUUCAAGAGAACGGUCGUUAGGACAAUCGGAUCCUUUGCCGAAGUAGAAAAAAAAUGAACCACGCUUCCAUCUUGGGCGCUGUGGUCGUGCUCGGCUUCACCGUUUCGUCGAGUUUUGCCCUCCAAUGCUAUGUUUGCAACUCGAAGAACGACACCGAUUGUGGAUCGCCUCCGAGCGAGAGGCAUCUGAAGAAUUGCGACGAUCUUCACUACGAGAAUAACGAGAACGGGGAGAGUUUCAAAGUGUGCCGCUUACAAGUAAUGCAAAGCCCAACCCACGGACCAGCUUACGAUCGUCGUUGCGGAUGGAAGAAACACAACGAAAAUCGGGAAACUUGCAUCCUCACGCCUGACCCACAUCUCAAAGCGACGAACUGUGAAUGUCAUACAGAGGGGUGCAAUACGGCGGUCUGGACUCAACCGAGUAUGGCAGUGUUCUGGGUAUUCAUUGCCAUCGGCCUUAUAGCUUCCCGACGAGGCUCCUGAAUCGACUCCGUCAAUCACGGGCCGUACUUCCGCCUACCUAAUCUCUAAUGGUGCUUUAUUGCUAGUUCUCGGUAGUCGUGGGAUACACACAAAAACGAUUACGGUAAUCGAAGUGUUUGCAAUGAGGAAGUGCAAAAACACUUCAAUUGAGCGACUCGUUCACUAGGAAUAUUUCUGUAAAUAAAGAAAGAUUUUAAAAUUGAGGAA